AACUAAUAAAAAUAGUUCUCUGACCAUCAGAAAUGCACACAAUCCUCCCAUAAUGAGUAUUUAGUUUUUGAUUUGUUUUUGUUCUUAUUUGUUAUGGUAAUAAAACUUAGAAUUAGAUUUUAUUUGCCAAAAAAGCAAAACGAGCCCACUACCGGUGUAAAUAGUUGUCAGGGCGUGCAUCCGCUGGUUUUCAAUUUCUAAGCAAUACAAUUCGAGCAUCGAUUGAUGGGGAACCAGUGAAAACCUAAUUUACGUUUGCAACAUCAUGGCGGCCACCAGGAGAUUAACAAAGGAAUUAGCCGACAUAAGGAAAGCGGAAUUUGCAAUUUUUAAAGACAUAAUUGUCAGUGAAGCAAACAUCUUAAACUGGCAGGGCCUUAUAGUCCCAGAAACACCGCCAUUUAACAAAGGAGCGUUCAGGAUAGAAAUCAUAUUUCCGGCAGAGUACCCGUUCAAGCCUCCAAAGAUCACAUUUAAGACCAAAAUCUACCAUCCGAACAUCGAUGAGAAGGGUCAAGUGUGCCUACCUAUUAUCAGUCCCGAAAACUGGAAACCAGCAACAAAGACAGAUCAAGUUAUCCAAGCAUUAGUCGCCCUUGUCCAUGACCCAGAACCGGAGCACCCGCUACGAGGUGAACUCGCCGAAGAAUACACUAAAGACAAGAAGAAGUUCAUGCGAAAUGCCGAGGAACAUACCAAGAAACAUGCGGAGAAGCGUCCGUAGGUGCAGCUGUCUACAUGGUUGGGCCAACGAUUAGAGAACUUUAGCACAACCCACACAUACAAAAAAAACUAAAAAUGUAGAAAAAAAAAAAAAAAAUUAUUACAAAAAAUUAUUAAAAUUGACACAUGAUAGUCUGGGUAGAGGUUGAUUCAUCAAUUGUAUACAGAUUCACAUAACUAGUUUUUGUUUCCAUGUUUAAAACAACCAAAAAUAAUCAGAAAACAAAUCACCUGGAUUUUUUGUUCAUACUGUUUUUUGGGGGGUAGCUUUUGAUUGAAAAGAGUUGAAAUGUGUAUAAGUUAUGUUUCUUUUUAUGAUUUAAGUAACUUGCUACUGAUUUGAUGGAAUCAUGUUUUUCAUUUCUAAGUGUUUGUAAAAUGAAAGAUUUGCGGGGAAAAUGGCUUACUUUUAAGAGGAGCCAAGAUAUUUGCACUUUAAUACUGAUCGUAAAGAGAUGUUUUUUUGUUUAUUUAAUUCUAUUACAACUUUAUCGCGUUUUAGUAAACCCUGUUUUCUUCCUAAGUAAUGAAGCAAGAAAAAAAGAAAACAAAAACAGUAGUCUGGUGCCCACCUAUAAGCAAGGCCAUAGGUUUAUCAACUUGUUGUACAGGGAGUCUGAGGCCAGAUCUGAAUUGGCGACUACGGCUAUGACUGUUGCUAAGCGCCUUUAUAAGGACUUGCUAAACUGCAAUACAUGAUUCGGUUUCAGGCUUCGUCUGUUUAAACCAACUUGGCAAAAUACAUGCUGUUCAAAAAAAAAAAGGCCUGAUGGUCGAGAUGCAUUUCCAAGGCGCAUGCAGCGCACCAAGCCAAAGCCGGAAACGGAGCCCAAUCCGAGGUUUGAGAAAGGUCCAAGGUAACAAAAUGCAUAGGGUUUGUGAAAAUCUUGAAGCAGCCAUCUUGUAGCCACAAAUAAAAGUGGCCCAACUGAGGCCAUGUGCGAAUCUAGCGGACAUAGCCCGAGUCUGGAAGUGAAGCAAAUUAGUCAGUUCCAAAUACCAAAUCAUUGUGGUAUUAAUGACAGUGCAUAGGGAAUCAAUCCAGAUGGCCACAGCCUUAUAAAGUUCUGUCAGACUGUGACUGAAUUGGGGAUUGCGGCUACGGCUGUUACUAAGGGUGUUAUAGGCAUACUAUGCUUUCAACGUGAUGAUCAAGCUGAAGCCACAGCUGCUCAUUCCAGUUAUGGGCUGAUAUCCCAUGUGUCUACUUUUCUGAAACUACUAUUCAAGCCACACAUGGAACAGAGGAGUUAAGUUAAAAGAUUUUCAAAUCAGUAGGUUAGGCGAUGUAUUUCUAAGAGCAAGUUUGACGGCUGACAUUGGUUGGAGAAGUUUUUAUCAUCACAAACCAGCACUCGAUUUCAUAAAGCUGGCCUCAGUUUCAAAAGGCCUGUAAACCACAAGAACUCGCUAAGCACAGAAAAAUCUUGCUCAGCAGAAAAAUUUAACCAGCCAAAAUUUGAUAAAGUUUACACCAUUGCCAUUGGGGCUCCACCAUUUUUGGGUCAUGGCAGCUAAAUUUGCUAAGCAGUAUAUUCUGCUCAGAAGUUACUAAGCACUUAAAAAAUAGCAGAAAUGGGUUACUUGGUAAACUGCCAUGCAAUUCGUAUUACUACAGGCAGUCGAAAGUUACUUUGUUGUUUGGGGGAGAGGGGGGGGGGGAGGAAGGCUUAGCAAAUUAAUAUCCUCGGCAAUAACUUUAUGUCGUUGAGUGAGUGAGCCCUGAUGUCUCGGUUCAAUUCAUUGUGCCUUGAUAGAAUGAUUCCUGCUUGCUUAACCAUGGGUUCAGCAGCAAGUUGCAAACAGCCAUGAUCAAAGAUCAAAGAAAACCAACGCAAUUUUGUGAAAAACGCUCCACCAGUGUUAUCGAUAUAAAAAGCGGUCCAACUUGCUCAUAUUUACAGGGGCUCGAAUUUCCACUAGAUCUUACAAUUUUUCAGUUGACCUUAAAGUUCUGUUCAUUUAUUUCAAACAUUUGCUGAACUUUUAGGGUGUUCAUUUCGAGUUAAGAAUUUAAGUUAAAGCUGACAUUAGUAAAACAAAUCUUAAGAGUUGAUCUUCUAAAAAUGUGUUUGAAAAAAAAAAAAAAACACUUCACUGCUUUCGUUGUGGGGUUAAAGGUCAAAUGCUUAACACUACUAGACUGGCUAAUGGUCCAGUGGGUAUUUCGAGCCCUAUCAUAGCUACUGCAUACUUUGCAUGCACAUUGUUCAACAAUAAUUUGUAGGGGAAGGAGGACAUGUUUUUGUCUUUGAUUAAAACGGAAAGCACAAAUUUGGCCCAGUGCUCCUUUGCUGUAUAAUCGUUUGAUAUUUUUUUGCCAUUUUAUUUUGUAUUCACUCAGAAGUUCAUCGUGCUGUUAAGCACUAAAAGCACGCUAUCGAAAGUGGGUAUUGUUCACUUUUUGCAUUGUACGACUUUCUCCAGCUUGCACUCGUUUUGAAAAGUUGAAAAGAUAAAAGAGUCGGAUACUAUCAGACAUUUUGUUUGGAGAUGUUUCAAGAAAAACAUUAGUAAAAGAGACACUUUUUACUCCCUUGGCUGAGAGCAGCAAUGUAUUAAGACAAUGUUAAUGAGGCGGCACAUUCAUGUGACAAGCCAUUUUGCGUGUUAGAUUUGAAUAUUGUCUGUUACAAUGUAGUGCUUGAUCACAAGUUACUGUUUAAAUUCAAAUUCCUCAGACUAUAGAUACAGUUGCUAUGUCACAUGAUUAGGGGCAAGCUUUUUCGUAGUUGCGUAAUAGCGUAGUUGAGAAUUGUGUUACAAUUCUGAACGACACAAUGGUACCAGGGUUUGCUCAUCUGUAUACAAAAGCUUGCCCAAAACCAUUUGACAAAACAACUGUCUCUAUAGUCUGAUGAAUUCAAAUUUAAUUGGUAACUUGUGAUUAAGCAUGUCAUUGUACCAGCAUAUUCAAAUCUAACCCACAAAUGGCUUAUUCUCUCAUUCUCCAUCUGUUGAGGGGGCCACAAAUCGUGCCAAGUACCUUUGGGCGAUCUGUUGUAUUUGAUUCCAUUGCGAUUUCAGAGGGUCACAGUUUCCUUGUAAGUGUUCAGGAUAGACCGCACGUGUUGCAAAAUAAAACUAUGUUGAUGUUAUCAUCAACCACUUCUUCAAGCUACACUCUGGAAGUUCUUUACCAGCAAUUGUAAAGUUCUUGUUAAAUUUCUCAAUCUUCAGAACCGAAUGCAAUAUCUUCUAAAAACUAUUUCAGUAGUUGUUAUCUUGUAAGAGAUACAUUACAAGUACUCCGCAACCGAAAACCGAAAAACUAAAUGCAACUAUUUCUAGCUCCAUGGCUGUUAUUGUUGGUUGAUUUUUGUAAAAUAUUUGAUCAUGCAGUAGUUUUUCUCUCCCUUCUUAAAUAUAAAAUUCUAACGGGAGAUAAUAUUACAGGCACUCCACACCCCCUUGCCGAAAGUGCAGAAACCUAAUCCAAAUACAACCCUCUAUCUAACGCCCAUUGCUGUAAUUGUUGAAAUGCAUUUUGGCAGUAUUUUUUGUGUGUGUAAUAAAAUUGUUAAAUAGUUAUUGAACAUGA